AACUUUUCAAGAUUAAUAUAUUGAUUUAAUCUUAAAAAAAAAAAAUAUGAAAUCAAAAUCUUUGCCAAGAUUAUUAGCUGGAUUUCUUAAGCAAUUCCCCUCUAUAAAAAAUGAUAAUUCCUUAAAUCUCAAUCUACCAAAUCCUUUUAAGCCUAUCAAAAACAAAUUAACUGGUCGCUGGCAAAAUCCAAUUUAUUCCUUGAGACAACAAGCUGUAUUAAUAAAACAAGCACGGAUUUUUGGAUAUGAAAAACUUUUUCCACUAAAUUCUCCCGUAAUUAAACAAAUGCGCGGUAUUUUACGCUGGAAAGGUACAAAAGCUCAGCGAAUGAAACAAGUAAAACUCUCGCGAAUAAUAAAAGAGUUAGAAAUGCAACCUCGCCGUAUAGAAACUUGGAAAGCUGAGAAGAAGAAACGUAGUGAAAAGGAUAUUUUUCUUUGAAAAAAAGUUUGUUAAGGGAUUCAAUAAAGAUGAAAUCAAUAUUGG